CCUGCGAGCACUUGAAGGCAGCUGUCGACUUCCUGGAGGAGAAGCUGUUGCUAGCUCUUUAGCUAGCUUCCUUGUGACUAAUAAUAAUGGGUUUAAUGGCAGUUAACUAAAAACUUAUGAAUACAUAGCUUAAAUUCGCGGUGUUUCCAAAUAACUGACAUUCAGUAGCUAACGCUGCUAGCUAGCUAACGCCAGCUACAACUUAGCAAUCAGUAGCUUCGAGCAGCAAUCAUGAUGGCGUCCAGCUACAACGCCAAAGACGAGGAUGGACAUAUCACCGUGUCCGGACCUGGCGGCGGGACUCUGCGGAGCAAGAAGCCCGAAAACACCGCGUUUAAACAGCAGAGACUCCCAGCAUGGCAGCCCAUCCUCACAGCGGGCACCGUCCUCCCUGCCUUCUUCAUCAUCGGCCUCAUCUUCAUCCCCAUCGGCAUCGGCCUGUACGUUACCUCCAACAACAUCAAGGAGUUUGAGAUUGAUUACACAGGAGUUGACAUGUCUAGUCCCUGCUUCAACUGCUCCCAGAACUUCAGCUGGAACAGCACAAAGCCUUGUACCUGCACAAUACCCUUCUACCUGGACCAGCCCUAUGAAAGCAACGUCUUCAUGUAUUACGGCCUCUCCAACUUCUACCAGAAUCACCGUCGCUAUGUGAAGUCGAGAGACGACAGUCAGCUGAAUGGAGACAUGGAAUCUCUCACGAAACCCAGCAAGGAGUGCGAGCCGUAUGCUUCACACGAAAACAAGCCGAUUGCACCAUGUGGGGCCAUCGCCAACAGCAUGUUUAAUGACACGCUGGAGCUGUUUUACAACGACCCCAACGGCACAAAGAUCCAGAUUCCUCUGACGACCACAGGAAUCGCCUGGUGGACGGACAAGCACGUGAAGUUCAGGAACCCUGGGGGCAACAACCCCAACCUCACAGCUGUUUUUCAAGGAACAACGAAGCCGGUGAACUGGCGUAAGCCUGUGUACGAGCUGGACGUUGAUCCGGAGAACAACGGCUUCAUCAACGAGGACUUCAUCGUGUGGAUGAGAACCGCCGCCCUGCCGACCUUCCGCAAACUCUACCGCAUCAUCCAGAAGAAGAACAACAUGGUUCCUACUCUGCCCAGAGGCAACUACACCCUGGAAGUGGUCUACAAUUAUCCUGUUCGCAGCUUCGAAGGCAGGAAGCGGAUGAUCCUGAGCACCAUCUCCUGGAUGGGAGGCAAGAACCCGUUCCUGGGCAUCGCCUACAUCACCGUGGGCUCCGUCUGCUUCUUUCUGGGCGUCGUCCUGCUGAUCAUCCACCACAAGUACGGCAACCGCAACAACAGCGCCGACAUCUCCAACUGAGACGCUGACGCCGCUCCGGCUCACCUCUGCUGCAGUGAACAGGGAUCCAGCGACUCAUCUGUGAGGGUGAAUCCAGAGGACAGAGUAGAUACAAGACAAAACCGAACAUAAAGUAACUUCUUGAAGGGUCAAACAUUAAUUUUAGAGUGCAAAUGUCUGAAUAAUGGUUGAUUAUUUGCCAAAGUGAGAGGAAAAGAAGCUUAAAUUUAACAGCCACAGUCAAAAUGAAAGAAAUUAGAAACAACUUGCGGAGGUGUUACACCCAAACUACCCAUUGUGAGUUUGCCAAAAUAUUAGAUAGGAGUUUAUGGGUUCUAUCUUCAAUGAAUAAUUUGUGCUUUUUCAGAGAGUUGGAUGACAAGAUCAACAACUAACAUGUUCAUAAAUGAGCUUUAGAGGUGCAGGUAGAUGGAUUUUGUCACAGUUAAAGUAAACCAGUCAGCUGUUUGCCUCUGUUUCCUGCCUCUAUAGUCGCUAAGCUAACCAGUUGCUAGCUGUAGCGUAUGUUUACUACACAGACAGGAUAGUGGUGUUAGUUUAAACAUGUCUCGCCGCACUCUCUGUUCUUCUUGCCUGUUUCAUUGCUCUGGACGUCGAUGCAAGAGUUAGUGUUCAAUGUGGCCUCUCCAUGAAGACAAUAUCGGUUCAGAUGAAGCAGCUUCUAUGUCCGUUCAUUCCUGAUCUUUUGCCGAAACAAACAAAAAAAAAAAUACUGUCACUUUUGAAAUGUGAUUUGUGUCAAAAACGUGACUCUUUUCGCUCAUCUCUUGCAUUGUAAUCGGUCAGUUGAUUUGUCCGUCUAAUUAAUGGACACUGACUUUGAACACGAGUUAGUUGUUAUUCACGUUUAAAAAGAAGUGUCCCAAAUUCUCUGACUUCGACUCCCAAAGGCUAAAGAUUAGUUUUCCUUUUAAGAUAGUAAACUGAAUGGAUUUUGGGCAGUUUUUCUCACAUUUAGUGAUCAAACGAUUUGGUAGGUAAAACAGCCAUCAGGUUAAUUGAGAGCGAUUAAGAUAGAGGCUUUAAAAGCUGUUGAAUUAGCAAUGAGCUGGUCACUUGUGUAGAAAACUGUUUAGUUGUUGAGUGAUUGAUACAGACAUUCAUGUUGCUCAAUGAAAAGCUCAACCAAGAUCUAAAGAUCCUCGUAAAAACAAAAAAAAAUCUACUUUGGAAUGACUCUGGAUGUUUGAGUAGCUUUAGGAUCUCUGACGGUGCAGCUGCAGCGAGCUGGUCUGUUCCUGUUGCAUGCUGGUCGGCUGAGAUGCUGAUGUGAUCAUGGAGCUGCUCCGGCGGCUCGUCUUUGUGCCUCGUUUCGUCCGUAACCUCGUCCUGCUUUCAGACUGAAUUCAUGCUUUUACGAGUCGUCACACUUUAAAACGUGCCGAGCGAUUUCCACAUUAGAGGGAACGCAACUUGUUUGGAAGCUGUACAAAUAACGUGUUGAUUUUUUUUUUAUUUAUUUUAGUUUUUUACUUUUUUCAUGUUUGCAUCGUAAAGCCAGUAUUUGCACGCUAGACCUCAGGGGCUUUGAGUCUAAAGGUGGAUGGAGCUAUUUGUUGUGAGUGUGUAAAUGUUAACCAGAAAAAAUGCACAUGGACUCGGUGUUGUCGCUUCAUUCUUUGUCGUUCACAUGCAGUAAUAAUAGAUUAAGAAGACAGCAUGAUAGAACAGUAUCAGUACGUGUGCUUAAAUGUGUUGCCACUGCACAGAGUGAAUUAAUGUUUUCCAGCCACAUUCUGCCAUUUUCAGCUGAAAUGAGCUGAAGCUGCAGCCAAAUACUUGUUUAAAUAGAUGCAGCAUGUUGAAAUGUGAUGAGUAAAAUGUGUUGUUUUUUUUAAAUUUUCUUUUGCUACAUUUUAUUGAGAUGAGCUAAUAGAAGCACUGGAUUUGACAUUUGUUUUUGAUACUCCGCUUGUGUUGUGUUGUUGCUUUAAAAUAAUAAAUUUGUCUUUUAAAAACGUGA